GUCUGCUGUAAGUGUUGAACCAACUCAUGUUGAAAUAACGGAUGAAUGUGGAGGCCAGCACCGCCUCAAUCUCAGCAUCUUGGCCACAGAUGAUACCUGGGGUGCUCCCUCUUUGCUCUCAGCCAGGCUUCAUGGUGGGAAUGGCAAGGCGGUCUUCUCACAGGUACACUUAGAGAGAGACCCGCAAGAAUGCUUUGGGGCAUCGAAUGUCCCCUCCAAGCUUUCCGUCAGUAACGAGGCACGGCUAGAGAUUUUAAGGGACCUUCUUAAUUCAGAACUUAGUAUGGAUACAACAUCCAGCAGUUCUUCAUGUGUUUACACUGCAGCCUAUUUCCUGGGAAGACAUGAGUUGAAGCAAGACCUCCUGAACAGAUUACAGCCACACCUUGAAAACCAAGAGUUGAAAAGGCCCCAGUUAACUCUCCAGUUUGUUAAUGCAAGAGAGAUUGCAAAACAAGCUGAUGAAGACUUGCUGCCUCUCCUUAUGAAUGCAUGUCCUAUGACCUUCUCCACUGUUAGAUACUUUGAGACACUCAAGACAACAUCAAUCGGUCGCUUGGUGAUUUACUGUGAUGUAAUGACCACCAGCAUGAAGGUAACGGCUGGACACCCCCCACUUAUUCAUGGCAUCACUGUGGUACCAACACAGCAGACACAGGGCAAAGGUCGAAGUGGGAAUGCAUGGCUGUCACCACUAGGAUGUGCUAUGUUUACCACACAGCUUCACAUCCCCCUCUCAUCAAACUUGGGACAACAUCUCCCAUUCCUACAGCAUCUUGUUGCCAUUGCAAUAGUGCAAGCUGUGCGAGAGUACCCAGGAUAUGGUGACAUACCUCUGAACCUGAAGUGGCCAAAUGAUAUUUAUAUUGCUGGUGACACUAAAGUAGGAGGUGUUAUUGUGGAAGCCACCACAAUUGGAAAGGAAGUUAUUGCUAAUGUUGGGUGUGGUAUCAACUUGUCAAACAGUAAUCCCACGUACUGUAUCAACGAUGCUGUCCGUCAACACAACAAGGAGCACAAGACCUCGCUUCCUGAGAUUGAUCGAGAGACAUUCCUGGCGAGAAUAUUUAAUCACUUUGAGGGCCUUAUAGACACUUUCCAAAAAGAUGGGCCAGAGGCAGUCUGUCCCAUUUAUUACAAGUAUUGGUUGCAUAGCAAUGCAGUAGUAACAGUCCAGAAUGAAAAUCGAAGCACGGAAAAUGCUGUCAUUACUGGAGUGGAUAACUAUGGUUUCUUAAUAGCACACUUGGUUGAUGGAACAAUGAUCACUCUCCAGCCGGAUGGAAAUUCCUUUGACAUGAUGGAAGGGCUUAUCUAUUCCAAACUCCAGUAACAGAAGAUGUAAUAUAAAUAUUUUAGUGAUGGUUGAUUUUGCAAGAUUUGGUGGUUGUUUCUUUAGUGUUAGGAGGAAGCUUAAAGCAUAAAUGGUUGGCUGAGAUUUGGUGUUGAUUUUUUGAAUGAUUGACUGAUAUGAAGUUGUUGCAAAGUGUUGAGAAAUUGCAGUUACCUAACUAGAGUCUUUUAUUAUAUGUAUAUAUCGGAAGCUAAUUCUAUCUGUUAUUUGUUAUAAAGUUGAAUGAUAUCUUCUUUUUCUAAUGUUACCAAGCAUUAUUAUUUUUUACUUCAGAGAUUUAUGAGAUUGGCAAAAGGGAACUUGGAAGCAAAAAUAUGUGAGGACAAGAAGUGCAUUUUAAAGUACUUGAGCAUGAGUAAUGAAAUUUAGAUGUGAGCACCUGCAUCUGUAAUUAACAUUGUUAAAAAUGUACAGGUGGAUGCAACAAAAUUUUGUUUUGAGUAAGAACCAGUGUUAUAAUGCCAGAACCUGCGAUUGCAUCAUAGGUUAAAAUUGUGAAAUCCUUUAUAAAAAGGAGAAAUAGGCAAUGUAGGUAUUGUGUGUUCAGAAAUAAUGUCAAUUGACUUUGCAGAGGUAGAGGGCAGAAAAGUAAUUAUGGUAAUAUAUCCUAAAUGUCUGUGCCUGUAAGCAUAUCAAAUCAAAUGGAGCCACAGAAUUCUAUUUUAUCAUCUGCAUUGCUGAACUGGUAACAGAUAUCUUGCAAUUAAACUACCUUAUUCCAAUACCCAAUUAGAUUUUAUCUCUAAAUUUCUCUAAUUUUCUACUUUCAAGUUGGCUUCCAAAAUGUGAAACAAGAAGCCCAGAUGAUUCCUAUGGACAUUUUGAAAUCUUCAAGAUAUAUUUUGACAUCUUUGGUAUUGCCACAUCCUCUACUGAAGGCUGGACACAAAACAACUCAUCCUUUAUUGUAUGAAAUUUUGAAUUGGAUGUUAAAGUACUGUGAUAAAUUUUGAUACCAGAUGAGCACAGUAAAUGAAAAGAAAGUAAUUUAAAUGUGUUAAGGAGCUGUGGAUAAGCUCAUUGUAGGGUUGUAAAUGUUGAAGAAAGUUUUUGUACAGAACUGUUUCCAGCAUUGAAAGAAAAAUAAAACAACUUUGGUACUUUGUUAAACCUACUUCUUUGUGUGUAUAAGCCUUAGGUUCUUCUCAGUCUCUGAGACCUGCGUAACUUUGGCCGAGCUUUAAAACAAGUGGAAAACUUGAUCAUGUAAAUAUUUUGGGUGAUAAAUGGAAGAUGGCAAAGUGAGGAGCCUUUGGUCACAAAAAGACAAAAUUUGCUCUGUCGAGUGUUUGUCUGUUGCUGUUAACAGUGGCUUGUAGAAGUCUUGUCAGGCACAGCUGACAUUUGCUCGUAGUAUGUAGUUGGUCACUUCUGGCUGUUGCAGUUCAGUGACAACCAUCUUGUUUAACCCACAUGUCCACUCACUGUAUCUGUGUUGGUUGAGCCUUUUAUGCUAAAAUCCCUCUUUGCUAUUAAUGGCCAGUAAGACUUUUUCUGGUUUAAAAGUUAUGCUUCCAUUUAUAUCAAAAGGGAACGUCGAUGGAUGUUUAUCACCCAGAGCGUGAUAUUUUGUAGUUCCUAGUUAGGAAAUGAAGAAUAUAACUGAAUAACAUAAAAACAGUUGAUUAUGUUGUGACAGAGGAUUAGCAAAUUUGUAUGAAUAAAAAAAAAAAAAAAAAAAAGGUGAAUUGCCAUUGUUAAAGGAUUCACAUACUAUUCCAAAUUCACAGAAGAAAAAAGUCUAAAGGUUAAAGAAAAAAAAAAGUACGAUUGCCUUAAAUUUAAUUCCUCAUCCAGUAAUGAAUUGGAAAGAUGAUGCAUCAUAAAUGGGGAAAAAAAAUCAUUCAAAAGGAAGAAUCAGUUGAAGUAAUGGGUCAUAUUUAAGACCAGGCUUAAAAACUGCAUAUCCAUUUUAUGAUCUUCAGCCAAAAUAUAUCUUGCCGUUGCUGGUUCAUUGGCGAGUUGAUGUUGAUGUAAGAUUUGUAUAUUUUCUUGGGAAUAUUUUUUUUCUUCUUUUUUUUUUAAGGAUAGGCUCUAUUGUAAUACCUGGUCUAGAUGUUUCCAUCAAUUGUAAUGAAAUUUGUUGUUUCCAUGGCACCAGGGAUUCCUAUAUAUUUCUUGAUCUCAGAACUGAAAUGCUCAUUAUAAAAUAAAUUAAUUAAAUGGAGCAUCUUUGGAUUGUUAGUAUUUUCUUGUACUGUUUGUAUAAGAAAACAAAAGAUAUCUUGUAUAUUCCAGUGCCAGGAAACAUGAACUAAUCAUAAAUGAAAUAUUCUCAGUGUUCAUGUAUUGUAUCAAUAGAUAGUAAAUGCUAAAUAUUUGGCUAUGUAAUAAAGUAUAUUUCUGGCAAAGUGCAAUAUAGGAAAGAUAGAUGGCUCUGUGGACUUCAUAUUACCAUUGCCAGAUCAGAGCUGUGGGAUGCUAGCGAGCUUGCUCAUAUUAAUUUCCUUGUAAUUUCACGAACAUCUUUUUAACAUGUUUACAUUUGGUAUCAAGGCAAGUUACAGGGUUGUUUGUAUAUUGUGAGAAGUGAUGAGCUUUGAUAAGGUGAGGGUGAGAGCCAGAAGCUCCUCAAGAGAUAUGUUGUGCCAUUAUUUAUCAUUCUUAUUAUUGUUUAACUCCUUUUUGCAAUGGAUCCCCUUCAGAUCUUAUACUUCGUACAUACCGUGAUAUGAUUCUCUGUUGUCAUUGUUGAAUUGUUUAAGAAAUGGAUAUAUUUUCAUAUAGAUUAUGUAUCUCUUGAAAGGAGAGCAUUUGAGUUCUAAAACUUAUGUGCUCUGUUAAAAGAAGAAGAAGAAGAAGAAAAUAAAUUUAUCUAGUCAUAUAUGUAACAUGUGUUGUAUAUUCCAACAAGGUGAAGGUAGGUUUGUCACAAGUAAUGCAUAGUGUGAGGCUUGAUUAUCUUCAUGUAAUUGUUGAUGCAAUAAUCACUAAUUUCUUGUUUUAAUGUGUGGGUAAAGCUACUGAGCAUGUAAAGUUUUCAAUGUCAGUUUAAGAAGACUGAUGAUAAAUAGAUUUUCCUUUCUUUCUUUCUUUCUUUUUUCAAUAGUUAUUCCAGGGUUUUUACUUGUAAAGUAGGUUUAAUAUUAGUUAUUUUAUGAAGUAUAAAUAAAUAUAUAUAACAACAAGGUCAUGUACUAAGAAACCUACAUAGAUUUUUGUGCCUGCCAUGACUGUUAGGAAAAGUAGUUUCUUUAUUUCAGUCUUGCUCUUUUUUUCUUUUUCUUUCUUUCUAUUUCUUAUUUGUAAUAUUGCCUACCACUGGGGAGGAGGAUGUCCCACUCAUGACGGUGCAUGUAGAACUGUGAUUAUCGCCAAAGACACAUUUUUAUUUUUAUAAUAAUCCUGUUAAAGGAAUUGUAUGGGUAUUUCUUGCCUUAACAGAUUUGCUGACAUGCUUUAUGUUUUGUACCAUUCACAGAAGCAUACUCCAUUGAAAACUAAUAUAUAAUAUAUUAUUUUUAAAUACAUAAAAACUUAUCAUUACACUUUAAUGGAAUAAAGCCUAGCAUGUGAACAAUUCUUCAUGUACAAACAUCAAAGAGCAAAUCAGGAAGGGCCUUUUUUGAUCGUCAUCAUCAUCGUGUGUGGCACACGUUCCCUAGGGAUUGCAUCUCAAAAAGAAAAGAAAAAAAAAUGUAUAUACUGUUGACUAGUAUUAAGUGGUAUAGAGGCAAUAAGGCACAAGCAUGUACUGUGCAUACUGAACAGGUUUAUUGAAAAUGACAGCAAAAAAUAAAACAAAGUAGACUUUAAUGCAGGUAUGAAUGUUUGCCGCAUGAAAGCUCUCAACUGAUUAUCCUAUGUUUGAAACAGUUUUGUGCUUGUGUACCAGUGUCUUGUACGAAGUACUCUGUGAAUAUAUUCCAUUAAUGAACAUUAAUAUCACA